GUUAAGCUCGGCGUACACUGCAUGACGGGCAGGAAAGUCGCAGUCAAGAUAGUCAACAAAGAAAAGCUGAGCGAAUCCGUGCUACAAAAGGUGGAACGAGAGAUAGCCAUCAUGAAGCUCAUCGACCAUCCACAUGUGUUAGGAUUGUAUGACGUAUAUGAUAACAAGAAAUACUUAUAUCUGGUAUUGGAGCACGUGUCUGGAGGCGAGCUGUUCGAUUACCUGGUGAAGAAAGGCCGGCUCACGCCAAAAGAGGCGCGCAGGUUCUUCCGACAGAUCAUUUCCGCGCUGGAUUUCUGUCACAGCCACUCCAUCUGCCACCGCGACCUGAAGCCGGAGAACCUGCUGCUGGACGAGAAGAACAACAUCCGCGUGGCCGACUUUGGGAUGGCGUCGCUGCAGCCGGACGGGCACACGCUGGAGACCAGCUGCGGCAGUCCCCACUACGCCUGCCCGGAGGUCAUUCGGGGGGAGAAGUACGACGGUCGUCGGGCGGACGUGUGGUCGUGUGGCGUGAUCCUGUACGCGCUUCUGGUGGGCGCGCUGCCGUUCGACGACGACAACUUGCGCCAGCUGCUGGAGAAGGUCAAACGGGGCACGUUUCACAUCCCGCACUUCGUGCCGCCCGACUGUCAGAACCUGCUGCGGGGCAUGAUUGACGUCAACCCCGAGACCCGGCUCACGCUGCGCGAGAUUAACCGGCACCAGUGGGUGGUGGCCGGCUCGAAGGGUGAACUGGAGCUGGAGCCGCCCAUGAUGGAGGUGGUGCAGACGCAUGUGAUCCCCGGCUCCGAGCUGCUCGACACGGACGUCCUGCGGGCCAUGACACACCUCGGCUGCUUCAAGGACAAGGAGGCUCUCGUGCACAACCUGCUCUGCCCCGCUCACAACACGGAGAAGGUCAUCUACUUCCUGCUUCUGGAGCGGAAGAGACGCAAGCCGGCCUACGAGGACGACGCCGAGGCGCUGAUGAGGGCCAGGUCGGACUCGGCCGACCCGCCGCGGAAGCGUGUCGACUCGUACAAGUUGAACGGCUCCACGCACCACUACGAGCAGCUGAGCGAAGGCUCGCCCAUCAUUCCGCGGCGCCACUUCCACCACCGGCGAAGACCGAGCAGCUCCUCCGGACUGAGCCCGCUCUCGUCGUCGACGGUGACGCCGACGGCCUCGCCGCUGCCGUCGCCCAAGCUGCUGGUGCGGCCGUCGCCGCUGCCGGCCUCGGACGAGCUGGCCACGCCGCCGGCCUCGCCGUACGGAGCGCCCGCCUACUGGCGCUCGCGGCUCAACACCAUCAAGAACUCGCUGAUGGGCUCGCCCCGCUUCCACCGGCGCAAACUGCAGGUGCCGUCUGACGAGACGCGCCUGACGCCCGAGUCGUCGCCCGAGCUGACCAAGCGCUCCUGGUUCGGCACGCUUAUGGGCUCGGAGCGCGACGAGAGCUACACCGUCAUCGUGCGCAGCAAGCCGCUCGCCAUCGUCAAGGCCGACCUCAUCCACUCGUUCCUUUCGAUCGCUGACCUCAGCCACAGCGUCACAUCGCCGAUGUCGUUCCGUGUUGAGUACCGGCGCGGUGCGGCCGGGCCGGCCGUGUUCCAGCGCCAGGUGCGCUUCCAGGUGGACAUCACGCCCGUCUCGCAGGGCGACGACGAGUGCCUGUACGCCAUCAACUUCACGCUGGUGUCCGGCAACAUCCGUCGGUUUCGGCGCAUCUGUGAGCACAUCCACUGCCAGGUGUGCUCGCGGCGUCCGCCGCCGUCGCCGCGGGUGGGGCGCAAGUUCACGGCGGACCUGUCAGAGAGCUCGUCGGCCGGCUCCGACUCUUCCGACCGGCUGCAGGCCACCGCGCCCAAACAGGUCGACGCCGAGCCCGAGGCGGACAACAUCCUGGACAUGAAGACGCCGACCAACGAGACCGCGGCGCCGGUCGGCGGCGCCGAGCCGUCCGUAGCCGAGCCGACUACGACUCUGACUCCAGCCUCUCCGGCCGAGUCGGUGCCGCGGUCCGUCAGCGCCUCGCCAGCCGCCAGUGACGACUCAACGGCGGCAACGGUCACAGUGACACCUAGCGAGUCCGAACACAACUCAAGCUGCGCCGUGUCGGCGCUAUGAUCGCUGCCCGGUCCAGGCGGCGCUAGGCAGCUGUUAGUUCGUCGGCGACGCGGCGCGCGUGGCCGCGCGAUGGUGGACGGUUGUGCCGGACAUCCUGAGCAACGGUGGACGUGCGCCGCUGGACGGCCGAGCGGGCGCGGGAUGUGCAAUGGGGAUGUGGGAGGACAGGCUCGACGGUGGCGCCGCGGUGCGGCGAGUCAGGAAGGCCUGAACUCCGCUAGGCGGCGAGUCCUUCGACAUUCCCCGUGUGGGUGACGCCAAACUGUACUGUCGGGUAUAUCUAUGUAGGAUGUGGCCUCCUAUAAUACGUCGGCGUGGCGAGCGUGGCGGGCGGCCGAGCGCAGCGACGUACGAGUGCACAGGUCACGUGCCACCUGUCCAGAGCGGCAGUAUGGGUGCUGACGCCGCCGCCAGUACGUUGGUUGCCAGCAGUGUAUCCAGCCAUCAAGUAUUCUAGAGCUCUCACUAGGUGACCAUCUGAGCGGCCGUCCGUCCCAGUGAUGUGCGAUCGCCAAACCCUUCCGGAGUGUUGGAAACUUUGUCAGUAUUAUCGUCUGAAUGUUGCGAGGCCUGGACGCGUGAUCUCGUAUUUGCUCACCUUUAGGUUGGCAUUGCUUUCCUCUGUAGGUCAUACCAUGUAAUUUUCUUUUGAAGGCAGGCACUAAGCUCUGCGGAAAAGCCAUCAGUCGCCGUUUAUUACCUUUGUCCUGGUGUAUUUUGAGUUCAGUGCGUUGGGUGAUAUUUGAGGUCUCAAAACAGGCCACUAGUAUAUUUGUAGUAUACCUGCCUGUAAUAUAACACAAAAUACUCUGCAAAGCCUCAGUAGAGCGGGAGAUUUAAGACACGCUGGUGAGCCAGACACAUGCACGUAAUGGCCGUCUGACUAACUCGCACCUGGCACCGAGCUCAUUCCCAAGAGGAUGCGGCAUUUGCCUUCAAAUGAUAGAAAGACAUGUAACAUUUUUUGAAGCCUAUG